AUGGAAUAUGCUAAAUGUGCCGACGACAUGAGCGAGCAGCAUCAUUCCCAAUGCCCGUUCAACACAGACCCGUUUGAGGAGAGCGACGAUGAGUUGCAAGAUCUCCUACCAGCGUCCUAUCACUACCACAAGUCCCAUGGAUACCGAAAGAGGCGCCACGUCGGAGACCCUUCUGAAAAUGUCCCCCAUUUCCUCGCCUCGGAACUAUCUCUCAAGGGCCUGGACAGCAUGUUGAAGCACCUCUGGCUCGCAGGCGCUAAGAGACCCCCUGCACAACUCCAUUAUCACGUCGCCUUAGGCCGUGAGAUUACCAUCACCGAUCGCAUCGAUCUGCAUCUCAUGUGGAACCCCAACGGGAGGAUAUUCAUCAAGCCUCUCCCUCGCUUCCUACUGAGCUCCAAGUUCUGGACAGUGUACCUACUAAGCCCAGAACUCAGCAACGAGCGCAAAGUCGCCCUCGGCUUCCUCUACACAUACGCAUGCCUCAUCUCCUCAGACAACGACUUCCACCUCGCCAUCGAAAAACGUCUUCUUCCAAAAGGCCCCGACCAAAGGCCAAUAUCAUGGAAAUCAUGGAAAAUCAUCGCCCGGUCCAUUCUGCGAAACCAUGAUCCAGCUGAGAUGCACCCCCGGUUCAUACACGGCGAGCUCCGCCUCUCCCGCAUCAACACCAUCAACCGCGUCUUCAACCUCUCGCCAUUCGAAGCCUACUUCAACAGCUGGAACGACUACAGCAGUUUCUUCCGCGACAAUCUCAGCUGGAUCGCCGCGUCCACAGUCUGGCUUGUCCUCGUACUGACUGCGAUGCAAGUAGGCCUUGCAGCCGAGCCGCUUCAGAACAACGCCGAGUUUCAGAAGGCAACGUACGGCUUCACCAUCUUUGCGAUUCUCGGACCAGUUGUAUUUUUCGGUUUGGUUAUGCUAGGGGCUGUUUACCAGCUUCUCUCUGAUUUGCCAUGGUUGAUAUGGCAAGCCAUCGACAAGAAACGGGAGCCAACUGAGCCAACGCCAGAGACGAGCACAGAUGCAACGACGCAUGCGUAG